CGACGAAGGCGUUAUGAUGACGCGAUCAUAAUAAACAAAUAGGACAUUUAAACUCGACAGUCGGGGAAGGGAGUGGCCAAAGGACCAGUCCCUAUUACACUGCUGGUGUCCUCAACUGGACACAGCUGUGGUGGGGAACCACUCUGUAGUUGGUGUUGGCCUCCAUCAGCUCCGACCAGGGCAUGGGCAGCAGCUCACCAACACUAAACCACCCAGCACUGUGCCCCCGUGCCAGCCUUCUAGAAGCUUCUCAGCAUAGACACAGGUCUGAAACGUGACAAUGAAACAAGAAACAAUGAGGAGUUCACCAUUCCCCACGUCUUCGACCCCAGAUAAACUAUCUGAAGAACUAUCCAUGCUGUUGUCCAUGAGAGCGGAAGACCAGCGCAACUUCACGGAGGCCUUACCACCAGAGAUGACCCUGAGGAUCUUCAGCGAACUGGACGUUCGGAGUCUGUGUCGGGCCUCGCUCACCUGCAAGCAGUGGAACCAUCUUAUCGAGGGCAGUGACAGCCUCUGGCGGAACCACUGCCUUACGGUUCUAGCCGUGUGCAACAAAGAGGUCACCGGGGACCGACAGGAAGGCCUGUCCUGGAAGGUCACCCUGGUGCGUAACUACCAGAAGAGCCGUGCCAAGAAGAACUGGAUGAAGGGCCGGUUCAGCCAUGUGAGGUCAGCUGACCAGAUCCCUCCCAACAGCAUGUACCCGUUCGACGUGGAGACCUGGGGGGAGAUCCUGGAGGCCGAGCUGGAGCGAUAGAUGACCUGCUGCUAGCGUUGGUGUUGGAGGAGGUGGUGGAGGUGGAGCUGGAGCGAUGGAUGACCUGCUGCUAGCAGUGGUGUUGGAGGAGAUGGUGAUGACAGCCGUGGUGGUGGAUGUGGUCUUUGUGGUCAUGUUAUAGUGUGUGUGAUGGAUUAUAUUAGGGAGGUAUUUCACGUACACGGUGCAGUGCCAAACCUGGGUAUGUUAACCCAGAGAGGUAGUGGUAGCCAAGCCCUGUGGGGACUUCAUUCUUCACACAAAACAAUGCCAGAAAAGCUCUUCUUUUUGGAGAUUUACGGCUUGAGUUUUUGACUUCAUCGUGGGCACUUGAAUUACCUCCCAGGACUGGCAAUACACACACACACACACACACACACACGUGCGCAAUAAUAGUCAUAUGAAAUAGACUGAAAUGCGUUUUUGUAUUUUAGAUUGACUGUGAUCAAGCACCUCAAAUGAUUUGUAACCUUUUGUACACUUUUUCAAACACCAGUUGAUAUCUUGUAUAUGACUUUUGAAUAUGCUUUUCAUGAUUUCCAAUGAUAUACAUGCAGAAUGAUUUUUAAAUGAAUCAUGAAAAUGUCAAUUUAGGACAUUUUGAUAUAGCACUUAUAUCUUAUUUAUUUAUAUGUAAUAUUUUAUAAUAAUGUUUUGUUUUAAUCAUGGUGCUUUUUAAAUGUUGAACUAAAUACAAAUGAAUGAAUGA